AUGGCACCCGGCAACGUUACUCCGUUCGACGAGGACGACACAGUUCCUCAGUCCGAGCAGAUAAUAAUGAAGUGCUGUCAGAAGACACGUGCGUUCAUGCGUGACUGCGAGUGUCCAGUCCCUCAGGGUCCGUGCAUGGCACCUGAGAUUGUUUUCACACACUACCGCCCCGAAUGUGUUUGCUUCUCUUGUGAGUGGCUAAGGGAGACCAAAUUGUUUUACAUCCCCAACAGGAUUCCGGGACGAUCAGGGCAGCAGGUUCAGAACCCCACGUACGCCGGGGGCAACACAGACGAUGUGCUCACAAAGGAUUCAAGUCAUCCUUGCACUAUUGUCCACCCGGUUCUUCUGAAUGAAAACCCAUUACAGUGGGAAUGGGUCAUCCGCCCCGGCGACGAAACCCAGCUCCCGUUCCUGGCUCCCCUCGACCAAAGUUCCGGUGUCUUGAGGGUCACCCUCGACAGCAAUGGACAAUGGAAAGCACUCUACGCAAACGGCACAUGCUCUCCUCUCCGCCAUGAUACACGUCCUUUCUGGGACAAGCUUUACCGUGAUUAUGGCUACGCCCAAGGAUAUAGCCCAUAUGGUCCCAAGGGUGACAGCGGAUCCAGCCUCACUCCGGAUCAGGUAAACCCGGCGGACUACAAGCCACCACGGCUGCCAAACAAGUCCCGCGAAAAUUCCGCCGCGCAGAACAACACGACCUUGUUUAUCGGCGGCAUCAACGAAAGCGUGACUGAUGAGAAGCUUGAGCAACUCUUCCUGCAGUUCGGCCAGAUCACCUACGUGAACAGGCCCCACCAGACCAGCGGAUUUGUUCAGUUCGCGUUGCGUCGCGACGCGCUGAUGGCCAUGCUCCAGAUGCAAGGCGUCCCCAUCUACAACUGCCGGCUCCGCAUUUCCUGGGGCGAUCCCAAGGUGAAGAAUCAGUGGAGCAUCCAAAGAAGGGCUGGACAGCGGCCUUUCAAGGGCAAUAAGCACCAACAUCUUCAGCAGCCCCAGAGCGUGCCACAGCAAAUGACCCAGGGCUUCAACGACAUGCCAGGGCCUCAGAACCAACAGCAGCAGUACGGGAUGCCUGAAUGGGUCUACGCUCCUGUUCCCUACACAUUCUAUUAUCUUGGACAGGGUUAUCAAUACCCCAACCAGCAACAGACGGGAUAUUGCCCUCAACACAUGGCUCAUCCACCACCACCGCCUCCUGCUCCGGUCACAGCGCCUCACCCUCAAUCAGCCUUGCCACAAGGCGCUCAUGGUGGCCAUGCAUCCAGCUUGAACGCUUCAGUAGCCUCGUGGAAGGGGAGUCUGAACGGCAAAGACCCAGUCAUUGUCCCCUCUGACGCGGUGCCUAAUCCUUCCCAAGAGUCACACGGCCAACCAGCUCCUAGGUCAAACAGCGCUUCCUCACUCGAGUCUAACCAGCAGACAAACGGAUCUUCUGGAGAUGAGAAAGACACUGUUGCAUUCCUCGGUCAAAGUGUGAGUGUGGUCAGGUCUAUGGAGGAGAGAUAUACAUACGACACCAAGAGCUGA